CCCCCCCCUCCCCUCCCUCCCCCUCUCCCCGCGUGCUCCUCCCCUUUCGCCCCUGCACGCCUCCCCCUUUUCCCGCACUCGAGUUGCCUGAGAUUAUGUUCCGCUCCGUCCUGCCAGUGACGUCGAGAUUCGCCCGCGCCACCAUGUCCUCCGUUGCCCUGCCCCAGGGUGCUCAGCCUGUCUACACCGCCAUCAAUCAGAAGCUCGUCUCCGCUUUGGCUCCCUCCUUCCUUGUGGUCCGCGACGAUUCCCGUCUGCACGCUGGCCACGCUGCCAUGCGUGGGUCUCCCCACCGCGAAACGCACUUUGACGUGACCGUCGUGUCAGACGCCUUUGCUGGGAAGACCCUCAUCCAGCGCCACCGGUUGAUUUACGGCAUCCUCGCCGAGGAGCUCAAUGAGCAGCAGGGUGGGACUGUCCAUGCCCUGACCAUCACCGCCAAGACCCCGGCCGAGUUCGAUCGCACUGCCAAGUAGCCAGCCAAUAUCCCUCGACAAGCGCCACCACGCCUGGCUAGGAUGGGCGCCGACUCGUACACGUGAAGGCGCAAAGAGAAAAAACGCCUGGCACCCUCCGCCGCGCCCCCACAUCGCGGAGGGAUGGCCGCAAAAUGUCCCAGCCUUCUGGCCACCGGCCAACAAUAUAGAUCCAUGGCCAAGCA